GAUGUGCUUAUAUAAACUGAGGAGAUCACGUUCGAUGCGCCACAGUAUUUAUCAACAUGAAUAUUACCACUGCACUCUUGAUCGCAUGCCUGGCGAUCACCGCCUACGGUUUUCCAAAUUCACACAUCGUGGGAGGAAGCGAUGCUCCAGAUGGUCGAUAUCCUCAUCAGGUGUCGUUAAGGAGAUCAAAGAACAACAAUCAUUUUUGUGGCGGAGCCAUUAUUAGCAAGCGUUACGUUAUCACUGCUGCGCAUUGUCUUCAAAGACUGACCGAUCCAUCCGAAAUUCAUGUCGCAGUUGGAAGCAAUUAUCUUGAUACACCACGUGCUAUAUAUCAAGUAAAAAAGUACAUAAAACAUCCCAAUUAUAACAGCUUAUUAAACAUUGACGACAUCGGUUUAAUCCGUGUAGCGAAGAGCAUCAAGUUCAACGACGAUACAUCGACUAUUGCUCUACCAACUGUAGACAACAAUUAUGACAAUUAUUCUCUCAAAGUUACCGGUUGGGGAAGACUCUGGACAGAUGGUCCGCGUCCUAAUCGCUUGCAACAGGUUACUGUGAAAGGCUAUUCCCAAAAAAAGUGCAAUAAGUUUUACAAAAACAACAUCAUAGAAUCUCACAUAUGUACUUUUACCAGAGAGGGCAAAGGAAUGUGCAACGGUGAUUCCGGCGGCCCGCUCGUUGCGGACGACGUUCUAGUUGGUAUUGUGUCCUACGGCACGUCUCCGUGUGGCAGUGGUUUUCCAGACGUAUUCACCAGAGUAUUCCACUACAGGGCGUGGAUUAAGUCGCAUACAGGAAUCUGAACUCUCAUCGGCGAUAACACCGAUCGUUGCUCAGUGAAAGCAAUUAGCAUAGAAAAGGACAUGCGUCCAUCGAGCAAAUAUAGUUAUUUUGAGAUUUGUUAUUGCUUAGUUUUUAAGUCUACAAACGUUCUUAAGUCUUUAAAAUCUUAAUGUACAGCGAAUACGUGAAUUUAAUUGUCUUCCAGAUAUAUUUCACGUACAAUAUUUGUACAUAAAUCUAUAAUGUAUAUAGUGACUCGAAACUCGAGUAAUAAAUAAAUUUUUUAUUAUUAACUAGAAUUAUUUUUGAAAACUUCGAAUCGUUUCUAAAUAAAAUGAUAAUAAUUGUUGGUAUAUGUUAUACGCAUAAAUGUUAUCUGCAGAAUAUGAGAUAAAAGCAAGUUAAAUAUCAGUGAUAAUUUGGUGAUAAUGUCAGUCGCCGUACUUUGCAGUAAACGUAUAAUAUAAUAAAUCGUCGAUAGUUAUUA